AUUAUAAAGCCCCUCUCUCUCUCUGUGGGAGCCCCAUCUCCUUGGCGUGGGUUGAGUAGGUUUCCAGUCCGCGGAGGAACCCCGGCCAGCCAUGGCGUCGAUGGGGCUUCAGCUCGUGGGCGUGGGGCUGGCGGUGCUGGGGUGGCUGGGCACCGUCACCAUCUGCCUGCUGCCCAUGUGGAAGGUGUCGGCCUUCGUCGGCAACAACAUCAUCACGGCGCAGACCAUCUGGGAGGGCCUGUGGAUGAGCUGCGCGGUGCAGAGCACGGGCCAGAUGCAGUGCAAGAUCUACGACUCCCUGCUGGCGCUGCCCACCGACCUGCAGGCGGCGCGCGCCAUGGUGGUCAUCGCCAUCCUGCUCGCGCUGCUGGCCGUCCUGCUGUCGGUGGUGGGGGGGGAGUGCACCACGUGCGUGGGCGACCCGGCCGCCAAGGCCAGGGUGGGCCUGGCGGCGGGGGGGCUGUUUGUGCUGAGCGGGGCCCUGUGCUUGGGCACCGUGUGUUGGCCCACCCACACCAUCAUCAAGGACUUCUACGACCCCAUGGUGCCCGACGCCCAGAGGAGGGAGCUGGGGGCCUGCCUGUACGUGGGCUGGGGGGCAUCCGGGCUGCUCCUGGUGGGGGGGGUGCUGCUCUGCUGCCGCUGCCCCUGCGGGGGAGACCCCUACCACGGAGGGAGAUACGCCCCGCCUAGGUCCACCGUCCCAGGGAAGGAGUUUGUGUGAGCUCACACGUCUGGGGCUCAAGGUCACGGGCUACUGUGAAGUAACUUUCAUUUUAUUUUUUACUUGGAAUAAUGUUUUGAUUUGUCGACGCACCUAAAACUUAAUAACUGUACAACCAUUGUAUUUUUAUAUUAUGCACUGUAAUGCUAUAUACUUUUAUGGGACUUUUAAGCAGCAAACUAGUCCACUUGUUUUCCGACUGCAGACCUGGCGAAAAUGUUUCCUAACUUCCUGCCUACUUCGUUAUUAUGUUUGCUGUAGUCUAUGUGUAGAUCUAACCUAACUUUUUAUCAGAUUAAUGGACUUCUUCAUACUGGGUUUUCCACUUUGGAGGAAACCACUUAUUGUUUGAAUAAUAUAUUGCACUCCGAUUAUUGUUUUAAUAAUAUAUUUGUAUACCCAAUCAAAAACUAAAUGAGUAAGCUUUGUCAAAUGUCUAUAUGUCUAGCCUAUUAUCUGUUCUUAUCCCUGUCUUUAAAAAUAAAACAAAAAACAAUUA